UAAAGCGAAGUCUGUGUCACACUCUGCUCGAUCGAAAACCAUAUACACCACCCGGCAGCAAACAGUCAUCUUCCAACAUGGCUGAUCUUCACAGUACUUUCCCAAAUGAAGUCAGGAAGAUGCUCGUCGAUGUAAUCGACAAUGCACCGGAUUUGGUCAGUCUAGCUCAAGUAGACCCAAUAGCAGGCUCGUAUGCGGCGAUCAAACUUUGGCAGUCAAUCGGUCCUGGGGGAGUUGACCAUACAAUUCUACGCCAACAAAGUGCGCACCCUUCGUCUGAAAACUUAUAGACAGACCACUACCCCCGCCGGUCUUGCAACGAUCAGAAGACCGAGAAACACAUUAUCUGUGUGGUUCAACAACCUUGAGUGGCUUAUUUUCGAACAUAAAGAUGAGACGGUGAUGAAUUGGGGUCUCAAUGUCUCGCAGUACCUUGGUCCUAAGCUGAGAAUGCUCCGCGUCGAGGGAAGUGAUCAGCCCCAACGUCCUCAGGAUGCUCGCGAUAAGUACUUGCCAACCCUGCUUAACAACUGUCCUCUACUCUACAGUCUCGAUAUCUGGCGCGAGAUUCCUGACGCCACGACAGCGCAAUUGGACCAAGUCGUGGAAGGCCUUCCCUUGCGAAACUUGACCACGAGGGGAGCAGCAGCAGAUGCGCUCGUCGAUCUCUCUACCCUCUGUAUCUUGGCUAGAAAGGUCGGUCUUACAUUCUUGGGAACAGAGGCACCUAUCAAUUCUGUCAUGACGCAAAUACUGUUAAACGUCAUACCGAACCCAUUCAAGGAGCUGACAUCAGGUUAUUUGAACAUGGACGCCUGGUCAGUGAGGACACUUUUGCCGCUUCUUCCUGUCCUGAAGAACCUGACUCUGACCGUCAAUACUGCGAGUCCGAUAUUUUCUCAUCUUCGCUUCUGCAACAACUUGACUUUGUUACAACUCAAUCUCCCGGCUGGCACGUGGCUGGAUUCCACAUGUCAGCAGUGUCUCGCGCAUCUGGCGCUCAAGAUUCUAGCGAUCUGUGAUGUCAAUCACCAGGGUCUUCAGCCGUCCUUAUCCAACAACGACAUGUCUACUUUCUUUAGCCAGAUGCCCCUGCUAGAAUAUCUGGAGCUGAAGUUCCAAAUCCCUGGAUUCACUCCUUUUGACGGAGCUGUGUUUCUUAAAAGCCUGGCUGUGUCUUGUCCGAAGCUACAAUCUCUCCGUUUGUAUUAUGGAUGGUUGGACUUCGAUCUCAAUCCUACCAGCAUACUCCAUACUCAGCCCGACCCUGCCCAUUUCCCUGAGUUAAAGCUGUUCUAUCUCUCCUCAAUUAUCCAUCCGCUAGGAUUCAUUCCUACAGUACAUGUUCCACCCUUGAAUCCCGCGGUGGAUGUCAUGUAAGUUUUGCGCCAAUGCGAUCUUUGUUUGAAUGGUUUACUGAUCUUUCGGAAACAGGUGUCCUGGAUCUGAUGUUGUUCAUGAUUUGCUUAGGAGGUGUAUGCCGAAGGUGCGCGACUUUUAUGCUGGAGGUAUUACGAAUGCUCCGCAAGAGUACUGGAAUGACUCUGUCACUGGUCGGAUGAGGGCUAGUGCACCUCAUUGAAGUUGUUAUCGCAUCUGGCUAGUAGUGGAUAGGUUCCAUCGUGGAUUUGUGUUUGUCGAAUGUGUCUUUCAUGAUCUUCUGUUGUCUGUUCAUAGUGAUCCGUGACAUCUGCUUGAUCGUUGUACAUCG